CGCGCCGUGACUCGGCUGGGGCGACGGCGGCGCUGGCCGGGAUGGAGUGAGGGGGCGAGCGGCGGAGAGAGCGCAGCCCACCGAGCUCCGGCCCCUUCCCCCCUUUCUCUCUCUCGUUCUCUCUCUCUCUGGCCCGGGUCUAUGCGGCCCCCCAGAGACCAUGGGAUCCAGGAUCAAACAAAAUCCGGAAACUACCUUUGAAGUGUAUGCAGAAGUAACCUAUUCAGGAAUCAGUUGCAUUGGGAAAGAUCCUGAGGUGCGGAGGCAAUUCCCAGAAGGCUACAGUGACCAGGAAGUUCUACAGACUUUGACCAAGUUUUGUUUCCCCUUCUGUGUGGACAGCCAUGCAGUUAACCAAGUUGGGCAGAACUUUACAUUUGUGCUUACAGACAUUGACAGCAAACAGAGGUUUGGAUUCUGUCGCUUAUCUUCUGGGGCCAAGAGCUGCUUCUGUAUCUUAAGUUACCUCCCAUGGUUUGAAGUCUUUUAUAAGCUGCUCAAUGUCUUGGCAGAUUAUUCAGCAAAAGGACAGGAUAGUCAAAGGAGUGAGCUCCUAGAAACAUUUCAUAAACUUACCAUCCCUGAGCCAGGAACCUCUGUUCAUCUUGGAGUGCACUCUUACUUUACUGUGCCUGACAUCAGAGAGCUUCCUAGUAUACCUGAAAAUAGAAAUCUGACAGAGUAUUUUGUAGCAGUUGAUGUCAACAACAUGCUGCAUCUCUAUGCCAGUAUGCUGUAUGAACGCCGCAUCCUCAUUUGUUGUAGUAAGCUGAGCACUUUAACUGCCUGCAUUCAUGGGUCUGCAGCUAUGCUCUACCCGAUGUUCUGGCAGCAUGUUUACAUUCCUGUUCUGCCCCCACAUCUAUUGGACUACUGUUGUGCCCCAAUGCCCUACCUCAUUGGAAUACAUUUAAGCUUGAUGGAGAAAGUACGAAACAUGGCCCUGGAAGAUGUAGUGAUUCUUAAUGUAGACACGAACACACUGGAGACCCCUUUUGAUGACCUUCAGAGCCUUCCUAAUGAUGUGGUUUCUGCACUGAAGAACAGAUUGAAGAAAGUCUCUACAACCACUGGAGAUGGUGUUGCAAGAGCGUUUCUAAAAGCACAAGCAUCUUUCUUUGGGAGCUACAGAAACGCCCUGAAAAUUGAACCUGGUGAACCCAUCACUUUUUGUGAAGAAACAUUUGUGUCCCAUCGUUCUGCUGUCAUGAGGCAGUUUCUUCAGAAUGCCAUUCAGCUCCAGCUCUUUAAGCAGUUCAUUGAUGGCCGUCUGGAUCUUCUUAACUCCGGCGAGGGAUUCAGUGAUGUUUUUGAAGAAGAGAUAAAUAUGGGAGAAUAUGCAGGUAGCGACAAAUUGUACCACCAGUGGCUCUCCACAGUAAGGAAAGGAAGUGGAGCCAUUUUAAAUACAGUAAAGACCAAGGCUAACCCUGCCAUGAAGACUGUCUAUAAGUUUGCAAAAGAUCAUGCAAAAAUGGGAAUAAAAGAAGUGAAAAACCGCUUGAAGCAAAAGUCAGCAUUAUCCUCUAGUGUCUCCUUUGUGCCCCUUACCCUUAAUCAAGAAUGUUCCUGGCCAUGCUAUUCACCUUUUCCUACCAUACAGGACAUUGCUGAGAAUGGGUGUUCUGCAGCACCAGAGGAAUCUCUACCAAGGACAGCGCCUUCUCCAUUGGUUGAAAAGAAGGACCCUAAAUUAAGAGAAGACAGAAGACCAAUCACAGUACACUUUGGUCAGCAGCAAAGACUCCGUCCGCCUCGGCCACCGCCUCCAAAGAUACAGCGUUCAUCUAGGCCCGUUCGCCCACCAAGACCUCAUGUUGUUAAGAGACCCAAGAGCAAUAUUGCUGUGGAAGGCCGAAGGACUUCAGUUUCUAGUCCAGAACACCUUGUAAAGCCUAUGCGACACUAUACAGUCUUCCUCUCUGAGGACUCUUCUGAUGAUGAAUUUCAGCAGGAAGAGGAUCCUGUCUCUGGCUUCUCUGAAAACUUUUUCUUCUCUGCUCCUUUUGAAUGGCCUCAGCCAUACCGGGCCCUGAAAGAAUCUGAUAGUGCUGAUGGGGAAGAGGCGGUCAGUCCAGAAAAAUCAAAAGAGCCUCUGCCUCCAAGCCCUCUGCUUUCAAGCAAGGCCACAGAAAUCAACCUCCUUGAAGACAUUUUCCCUAACUUAGAAGUAGAAACACAGCCUCAGCCUCUCAGCCAAGCUAAGAGCCUAGAAGACCUGCGGACUCCCAAAGAAGAGGGAGAUCAGCGGUGCACAUUUGAGUACCAGAGAAUGGAUCUUGGUGUGUCUGAGAGGAACAGGAUUGUGCCAACCAUGAAGCUGUCUCACCCUUACAACAAGCUGUGGAGUAUGGGUCAUGAUGAUAUGGCUAUUCCUACCAAGUAUUCCCAAAGCUCGCCAGAAAGGCCCUUGACGGCACUUGGUAACAUGCCACCAAUCACAAGGAGACCCCGGAGUAGAGACAGCAUUCUGGCUCCUGCAGAAAAGGAUGAAUCAAGUCCUGCUGUGCAAGGGAACAUCACCAUUCCUCGGCCACAGGGAAGAAAGACUCCUGAACUGGGGAUAGUGCCACCACCACCAGCACCCAGGGCUUCCAAGCAUCAGACUCCAGCUGGGCCAACAGAAAUUCUUACCACCCACGCUACAGGAUGUAGCCAUUUGGUUUCAGAUCUUAUCCCAGAGCCCUUUGGAGCUGGUAGUGUGUCCUCAGACCCUGAAAUCCAGCAGUCUGUAAAUUAUUCCUCUCAUCCAUCUCAGCUUUUGUCCAGUGCUACCAGCACUGCUGAGAUGCUCCAGCCUGUCAAAGUGAAGACAGAAAAUGCAGGUAAUGAAAGCGACUACCUUCUUAAUCUCCUGGAUCCAUUAAAAACAGCCAGCUGGCAAAGCAGUGGCCCACAGCAAGGUCCCCGCAGCCUGCAAAGCUCAGCCACUCCACCUUCUGCAGCUAGCUUUGUCUCGGUGGCAAGUGACUUUGUGCCUCUUCCAGCUGCACCAUUUGCCCAGCCACUUGGUUAUCCUUCCCCAGCAGCACCACCUUUUUUACAGCCAUCUCCUAAUCCAUUUAUGCAAACAGUGCCAGGAGCCCUUUCAGUGUCUCUAGUUAGACCCCCAAGGGGCUCUUUCACCCCCUCUUUAGGUCAUGCUUACAGCUCUAGCUUCAUAACACCUAAUUCUAGCUUCUACCCACCGCAAAGACCUCAACCAAACAUUUCAACACUCUCCAUGCCAAACUUGUUUAGCCAGGCUCCAGCCGUGCCACCAGCUAGCUCCUUAUUGCUGCAGAGCCACAGCCUUUCUCCAACAAGCUCUCUACAGCCAGCGUGUCUAAGUGGUCCUUCUAAAACCAGAACAUUACAGGUGGGCCAGUCCAGCUCAAAGGUAGAUCCCAAACAAGCACGAGUUCUCCUGUCUAAUGAACCCCCUUUGAUCCCUUCCAGGCCAGCUAAGGCCUUAGAGUCAGUGUUACUAUCCUCAAAAUCUGAGGAGACAAAAGAUCCAUUUGAAGAUUUGUUAAAAAAGACAAAGCAAGACGUCUCGUCCACACCAGGUAAGGUUGAACAGCUCAGAAAGCGAUGGGAAACCUUUGAGUAACAAUCCCAAUGGCCUUUUGAUGUCCCUUUGGAAUUGACAGAGGGGGUUUUUUUUGUUUUUUGAGCCAGCAUAAAACCAAGCAUUUCUUUUAUGGAAGGCUGAGCCAGGGUAGCUGCAGGACCUUCACCGUGCUGCAAUUCACACACGAGUGCUUUUUGCCCAGAGUUCAGAGUCCCCCCAUUGUCCUGGUCCCUGCAACGGCUUCCUCACUUUGCCACUGAAAACCACCGGGACUCUUGCACUGACCAAAGCAUGAGGGUAGUUGGGUUUGGAUUUGGGGUUUGAUUUGGUUUUCCACACAUAGCUUUUUAGACAAAUACUACUGAUGCAGAAGUUACUCCUUCCCUUGUAUUUUCAGUCCUUAGCACAGCCAGGGGCAUGACACGGCACAUUGUACUAGUGUCUUCUUCCUGCCUGUGUGAAUGGUGUUCAGUUUUUUUUGCAUUACACAUAUAGCUAUAAUGUUUUGCUUUCACACAUAAAGUGCAGCAAACAAACCCAGACUUGUGGGCUGCACUGAAUUAAUCCAUUAGGCUCCGAGUUUGUCCUGUCUUGAAAUACCAUCAUUUAGGUUACACUAUUGGAUGAGCUUUUGCUGCAGAUUUUUUAUUUCCCUCCCCCAGUACACUGACACUGAGAGGUAGUAGGGACCUCUCUGGUGCAGAAGUGUCAUAAUUCCUUGUUGCAACAAAACCAUAGCACAGAGCAGUUGCUCAGGGUUUGGUCCUGCAUCUCUGUUGGGAAACUGGAAACACCAGCAAUUGUUUUCCUUUGGGGGGGGGGGGGGGCUUUGGUUGGUUGGUUGGUUUUGUUACUUACAUCAGAAAAUAGAGGCCAUAAAGAGUAUCCUAGUUCUUAUAUAUGUGUAUGUUAAUACUAUAUAUAACUAUAAAUGGCAGUAUAUGAAUGGGAUGUAACAAUAUCUUAAUUAUUACAAACAAACAAAAAAGAGAAGAAAAUUGGGGUAUAAAUGUUCCCAGCUCAUGAGUUCAAGUUAAAUGCCAGCGUGCUUACAAGACAGCCUGAGUGCAGACAGAUUAAAGCUGCAGUGCUUGUCUGUACAGGCAGAAACCGCACUCCAAGUUGAGCUGAGUAAGUGCUGUAAAGCUGGGAGGCCAAUGCGUGACAGCUCCCUGUCACUGCUGGACUUCAGAAGUGCUAAUUGCUACCUGGAAGCAACUGGGACUUCAUUCUGGUCUGCAAGGCUCUUGGCUCCUUCAGCCUGUCUGAAAAACCACGAUCUUUAUCCCGCUCUUGAUGAGAACUGUUUGCUGGUAUAACAAGACAUUAACUGGACCAUGAAAUGGACUGUGAGGUCAUGAAGUACAAAAUUGCAAUGAAAAGGUUAAAGGGUACGUUCGUUCAGGUUUUCUAAGACACUUCUCUGUGGCAAUAGUAUUCUCAAGAAAUUUCAUCUUAAUCUUAGCAUCCCUUAUAAAACCUGCUGUCUUUGCAGUGAUCAUUUCUGUUUUACUUAAGUGGUGCUUUUUUGUUUUGUUUUGUAUUUGGGCACAAUCUGAUGUAAAUCAUGUUACUCUAGAAGAGGUAAUCACAUCACCAUUAAGCCUUUGAUAAAGGAAAUCAUUUUGGACACACGGGGAAAUUCUUGUAAAGCUUUAUCUGAUUUCCAAUGUAUCUAUUUUAUUCAUAUAAUCUUGGAAGUUUUCUUACUCUGGUGUAUGAAAAUGGCUGUCUAUGCGUUUGAGUCUGUGCAAUACAAAAGAAAAAUACUCUUAAUAUCUGAAAUGCCAACAGUUUGGGAAAGACCAUAGUAUUACGUUAAUAUUAUAUUCCUGUAAAGUACUGAUACUCUGGCAGGCCAUUCAGUUGGAUUUGUAUUUUCUUUUUGUGUUGGAAAACAGAUGGUUUUAGUAUUGCAUAGUAAAAUAUUGAAAGUCUAA